UACCGUGCGGACCAGUUCCCGAGAAAAACCCCGGAAAAGUCAACCCCGGCGGAGGUGUCCCACAUGAACAACCCGGGAGCUGAAAAAUGGCGACCGAUGGCCAUAUCGAAUCCGUCCACCAAGUUGCGAAUGGCAAGAUCCAUGCCCCAUUGGGUCAUGGCGCAGCAGCGAGAAACGGAGCAGCAGCAUCGUCGACCCCCGACGCCCCCGAAAAUCCCGGCGCCGUCGCUCUCCGGGGACUGUGGUGACCCCGACUACGAGAUCAUCGAGUUUCCGACCCGACCGCAAGCCCAGAAACCCUCGAUGCUUCAAUCGAACGCGAGCAAAUGCGCCCUGUGCGGCACCGAGAACGUGUUCGCGCGUUGCGACACGUGCAACGAGAACUAUUGCGAGGCCUGCGACGACAUGAACCACAAGCACCCGAAGCGGAAGGGCCACGUCCGCCGAAGGAUCCUGACCGACAACGCGAGCAGAAGCAGACCGCCGCUGCCGCCGAAGGGGGAGAACCUGUUGCAUCCUCCGCCGGUGCCGCCGCCGCGGAGGAAUCGCAAGAGCACUCAGGCUAAAUCGGCGCUAAUCAAAGGAUCUGCGCAACUCGCUUUGCUCGACAAGGUGGGGAGCUUGAAGCGCAAUUUUUCCAAUUCAAAACCACCGCCGGACUCGAGAGUGUCGAAAUCUGCGAAUACUUUAAACACGUCUUCCAACGAUGCUUCAGGAGCGAGAACAGAUAAAAUGACUACUCUACAGGAGAGAUACAGAAAAUACCAAGAGGUGAUGAGGGCUCAAGACGCGAACAGGCGACGACACCCAUCCGCUGAUGCGAGGGACACUUUGAGCGGAAGGCCGCUCAGCGUAGGCAGUCCGAAACCGGCACCGCCACUUCCACCUCCGCCGCCACCUAGAACCAUGAUGCAGUCAGCCAGCGUUUGCGACUUGACCGCUGCUCAUAUGUGGAAUUCGGGAAUGCAUCAGGCCCAAUCGAUGGCACAUCUCGGACCCGGCGGCAUGCCGAUGAUGUGGUAUCCGCCGGUCAACUCAUGGGACGUAUCGAUGGGAGGCUCCACCGCGAGCCUGCAUCAUCCAAGCGUGUGGGGAUACCCCAUGGGCUAUCCGUCGGCGCAAUUGCUACCUCCGCAUUACCCGGGAUCUCUUUCCAGAGGUCAGAGUCCGGCCAGGAGCGUCAAAUCCAGCAGAAGAUCGAGACCGCCGUCUCCGUCUCCCAGCCUGAAAUCCAAAAAGUCUUACGCUUCGAGAUCGCGAUCGAGAAGGUCGCCCGGGUCGCCGUCGGACGCGAGUUCCGAGAACUCCGACGAGUCCGACAUAGACGACAGACUUUCCCGUGGAUCCAGAAGUAGACGCGGCAGCGUUCCGAGAAGCAUACGACAACGAAACUAUCAUGACGAAGAUACCAGAAGUCUCGUGUCCAGAGGGCGACGAGAGAGAUUAGUGUCAGAAGAGAAAAUGAUGGCUGAAGAUCAGUGGUCCGAAAGUCCGUCCGGUAAACGAUAUCCGAGAAACUACGAUGAAUUUCAAAAGAGCAACACUAUCUCUUCUGCACGACGCUACAACCAUGACGAUCGGACAGUUUCCAAGAUGGAUCCUCGGCUGGAUCGCGUUCAGAAUGGAACUUAUCGCCGAAGGCGAAGUACCGACGACGAGUCCUCUGAUCGAAAAGUUAAUCCGCCGGGCCGAGCACGAAUUACGAGCUCGUCUGACGAUCAUUUCGAGAGAGUGGAGAACGCUUUGAAAAGGGCGUCAUCCCUUCGAAGGGACAUAAUGCUGGACGAUCUGGAACGAUCCUCUACUCGUCGCGAUUCUCGUAGAUCGUCCUUCGAGAGCGACGGUCAGAUCAGGAGGACGCCUUCUCGAGAUGUAACCUCCCCGAAAAGGACACAGGGAGAAAAAACGCGCCUUCUGGAAAGGCAGUCAUCUCAAGGAGGGCAUUCGGAUAGAGAUCGCGCGAACAUGGACGAGGUCGAGUCGCGUUCGACAAGAAGAGAGCAACAAAUGCGCGAUGGCUCGCGAGAACGAGAGCUUCUCGCGAAAAGAGAGUCGUUCCGGCGAAAAGACACUCUCGACAACUUAGACCGGACGUCCAGCAAACGAAGUUCCGGCAAAUCCUCGUUUGAAUCCGACAAUCAAGGCCUUAGAAAAACGCCCUCCAAGGAAGUACCGGUAAAAAAACAGGGGGACAAGGAAGAUUACAGGGACCUACCUGAAACGAUAGGUAAUCUUCAAGUUACGGAUCGUCAGCGAUCGAUCGAAGAGGACCGUCAGUCGAAGGACACGACACGCACCGCCGAAGCUCAACAGAAGAGACAGGACGGCGCUGAGACGAAACAGCAGCAGCAGGCGCGAACGUCUCAGAAGGAACCGAAGACGGGAAAGAGAGACACGGUCGAAAGCGGUACGAGCGCGUCGUCAAAGAAAAUCGCGCCUGACGAGACGAUCGGCGCGAUGGAAAUUCCGAAAGAGGAAUGGGCCUGCGAGCAUUGCACCUUCAUCAACAAGAUCAACGAUCGCGUCUGCGUGGUUUGCUGCAAGACGAGGAGCAGCGCUCUGCCGCCGAGCACCUUGAACGACGACCCCGUGGCCGGCCCGAUCGAGCCGCGAGCACCGAAAAACGAGGCGUCGAGCAGCGUCGGCGAUCCCAGUCAGGAUCCCGAGAAGCGGACCAAGAAGAUCUCCAACAGCGAAGAGAGCGGCGACAGCGGAUCCGUCAAGAACAAAGAAGCGAUUGCUCCAGACAACGAUUCUCUCGUAGAGAGCUCUAAAGCUACGAUUGCGGCUGUGGCUUCGCAAGCAAAAGAAGCACCAUCGAAAUCGACAUCGCCGGUCGAUGAGAACUUGCCGUUAGAAGCAUCAUCCUCGGCGUUCACGUCUUCUUCGAUUGCGAAUACCUCCGAGGCGGACACGAACGCGAUGUUACACGAGGAAAAGAUUCGGGGAAAACUUUCGAAGAGCCAUUCGGUAUCUACGGGAACAUCCCCUCCGCCGCAGAGUAUCUCGACUCAAACUUACGACUAUCUCCCUGCAAAAGGGACUCUCGGAAGAUCCGCGUCGGUAGCAACGUCGAAGAGUUACUUGUAUUACGAUGAUAGCGAGGGUGAGGAACAAGCCGGAUUCGUAAACAGUCCCGAUUUGUAUCCGCGAGCGUUGCAGGAACAGUAUCUUCAGCAGCUGAUAACCGGGCAGCGAAGCAGAGAGCGAACCAGAAGAAACUCCAUCGACUCGUCCCAUCUCUAUUAUCGUUCCAGGGAACCCAGCCAACCGAGAUACGUCGAGGCGGGUCCCAGUACCAGCCAAACAGUCUCCACGUUGACGCGCCAAGGAUUGGAGAUAGUGGAGCUCCUGCGGGAAGCCGAGAAGCAGGGAUUCACGACCGACGACGUCCAAGUCGCGUUGGCGCAAGGCGCACCGAAUCCGAUCGAGUGGCUUCAGACGCAGUGGCCGCAUCUGGUGGAGACCGUGCGGGUCCUGGUGACCGCGCAGGGCAAGGAAAUGAAGGAGAACAUCGGCGUGCUCUCGCCGCUCGAAGCGAAGGAGGCCCUGCGAUCUGUCAAGGGUGACAUGUGGAACGCAGUCGCAACGGCCAUCCAACGCAGGCAGCAGAAAUGCGAACAGAUCAUGGCAAAAGGAAACUUCGCGCUCGCGGACGUUGUCAGGGCUCUCGACAAUAACGCCGGUAUCGAGGAUGCCACUCUGCUCGAGCUGCAGAAGAAUCAGCUCAAGCCCUUUUUAAUGAGGAUCUGGGGUCCUCCGGUCGGGGUGGAGAAUGAGGAGGCUGCACCGCACGAAGACGCAGCGGGUGCGGUCGGUGGUGGGACGGGGGUCGGUCCCACGGAACAAGUUUCGAAUGUGUCCGAUAUGGAGGCGCGGAAGCAGGUAAUGUCACCAAUUGUUGAUCAUUUCGUGGCGUUGCAGGCCGACUUUCAAAAGCAACUGGCGGCCCUCAGAGAACUGACCGAUAACUGGCGACACGAGAAAGAUCCCCCGAACGAAUUGGGUAAUAAUAAGUCUGAUAAUCUGUACGACCGCUCUGACGAGCCCACUGUUCUAAUCGAUGCAAAUCUGGUCCCAAGGGCCGUACAACAAGCGCCCGACGUAGCGGAGCCGAGCGAUCUUGCGAUCACGCGGCAAGACCAGGCGACCGUAGAUUCGCGGGACGACUCAAAGAACGCUACGAAAUCGACAAAAGGCCUGGACCAAGUAGACGCCGCGUUACCCACGGAAAUUCCCGCGACCGCAGUCGAUGAUCUCGCGAGGACAAGUGCGGUGGACUCCUCACGCGCAUCCGAAUACUCCCCGAAAAUUGACAAUGCGAACCGUUCGACCGGAGAAUCGUCGACGAUCGACGCUAACGAAACUGUCGUGCGAAUCACCGAAUCGGAUCUGCCAAAAUCUGAUCAGAAGAGCGGUGUCGAAGUAAAAGAAACCGCGCAGUCGCGCGAAGAGACGAAAGGUACGCGUGUCGACACCUCGGCGACAUCGAUCGACGAAACUGCAGCGGCGGCGGAAGUUGCGAAUUUACCGAAGGGACAGGAAAGAUUAUUACCAAAUAACGCCGGAGUUGAAGUGCCCUCGUCGCAUGGAAGUUCUGCGCUUGACACAAUGAAUAAUACGGAACCGGGUCAGUCCUCUUCUACGCGCCAGGAAACUUCGAGUGGUCCUGAAUUACCUUCUGAUAUAGCAAGACAGAGUACCGCGAUGGGUAACAGCGAGUCACUCGUCGAAGUUGGGAAGUCUGCGGAAUUGAGCGGAGCACUUCGUAUCUCUUUCCAGAAUUCGAGUGUUCCCCAACGAGCCGAUAUAUUGCCGCGACGGCGGACGUCGUCGCCGGGCGAAUCCACGAGCGCCGACACAGCGAACGUGACGGAGAAAGUGCACGCGGACGCGUCCGAGAGGGAUCUUUCCGCGCGGGGGCAAUCUGAUCAGCGUGUCAUAAAGGAAAUCCCCAGGCAGAACGACGAGCCGCACGUCGUGGCGGUGGAAGCUCUGCUGUCCGCCGUGAAAUCGCUGCCGGAGCAGCUUUUGACGCCGUUCAUAACGGCGAUGCAAAUGCUGUCGCCCGGGAAAGGUGGUGUCAACGUGACUUCCGACGUGCGACUCAUGAACCAAUUAAAUACUUUACACAACGUCGAGAUCGAUGGCCCCGAAAUCGACGUACCUGAGGCGGAAAUCAUCGACGGGACGAACAUCGACGCUCCUCGGCAGUCGGUGACAGCGGAUGUUGCAUCGAGGACCGAUGCUGACGCAGAGAAGACGCCCGUUUCCGCAGCCGUGCUCGAAAACAAAACUGGCUUGCAGUCGCCUCAGGAGAAAGGUCGAGAAGACAAAGAGAAAGGUUCGGAGAAAGGUUCCGAAAAAUGGAAAAGCAGCAAGAUUACCGACAAGGAGAUCGCCAGAUCUAAGCUUCCGCGUUCUCGGAUGGUGAAGUCCCGGUCGAGCGUUCCAGACAUUAAGCAACAGCAUCAGGACGUCAGAUCGGUACGUACGGACACGAAUGAGUCUAACACUUCGCAAACUAACAUCGCAACGGAUGUGACGCUUUCCGAUUCGAUGGAUUUAAUGGACAAAGACACUCCCGAAGAAUCUCGGACUGCGAACGAAGCGGCAACGUCAAGUGUAGUAGGAGUUGCCGGAGCGUCGCAAACGGACGUCAUUGGGGAAAUGUAUUCACGUAAGAAUUCUUUAGAGAUAGCCGGCACUCCUGCGAGAAAUAAUAAUCAAGGGGAAUCUGUCGGAGAUGAAAUCGCGCCGAAGGCGAGAUCAGCUGAGGAAAUGCAUUCAGGUGAAUUAUCGAAUUCUCACGUGCAACUGUUAACAGCAUCUUCAGCGCAUGAUCAAUCUGUCGCCCAGAAAUCUCUUGCGUCCGGCGAUUGCUCGACUGAUGCGUCAUCAUCAUCAUCAUCACCACCAAAGGAAGCGAAAGGCUCUUCCGAAAAAGCACCUCAUGAAAAGCUUCUUAGUGAUAACGCCUUUGCAAAUAUUGAUCCAAAUCUAAAGAGCGACUCGUCGCGAGAUGCAGGUUCAUUAGCUUCCAUAAACAAUUCUAACGCGGAAAAGUCUGCUUCUCAAUCGACGGAGACAAAUGUUUCACAAGAAGAUAGAAUCGUUCAUAAUUCUAACGCUGAUCAUUUGUCUGCUUCGUACGAAGUAAUAAUCAACGCGACUAAUACGGCAAAUAAACAGGAUAUUAACAAACGGGACGAGCGACAAUUAAACGAUUCAUCUCACGCGCAUGUUUCAAUAUCAGCCUCAUCAAUCCCGUCGACUUUAUCCCCCGCGAAAGUAUCGAAUUCAUCUCCCGAUCAUCCGCCCGACGUUAAAUUACCGCCCAUCGAAAUAUUCGAUAAUCACGGAACGACAUUGCGUCAUGAUAAAAAUGAUACAAAGCCGAUCGUACCGAAAAAUGCGGUGCACGUUUCGGAAAAAGUAGAACAGACAAUUUCGGUCACAUAUCACACUCCCGCGAGCGACGAUAAAAAUGAAACUACGUUGAAAGAAAACGUGCCCGUUGAGCAAAAUACGGCCAAUGAUUUAUCCAUUACUCAAUCGCGAACCGAUGAAAAUAUCCUACCGCCAUUAACACACUCGCACGCAGCCACGGAAAUGAAUUUAAGUGGUCCGCGUGAUCAGGGGAGGGAAAUUAUGCUUGUCUUGGCAAAAUCUGGCAGUUCAAUGAUGGUACAUACCUCAGACGUUCAAUCUUUGACGGAUUCACAGAAUGUUAUGAAUCAGGAUAAAUUAUUCAAUCUGACGAAUAAUCAAGAAACAAUUGCACUUUCACAUAAUCACAUGACGCAUGCAAAAAUAACGUCACCCUUUUUCACAAAAAAUAAUCUCGAUGUCAGUACUUGCUCCGAAAACACUUCGCAUCUUGAAAUAUCGAACAGCUUUAGCGACCCCGAAACUUCAAAGGACAUUAAAAUUCCAGAGAAUAGCCAAACAGUAUCUAUUCCUGAAAUUUCCAAAUUUAUUGCCGAUGAAAAUCUGGUUGCGAAUAUUAAUAAGUUUUCUGAUGAGAACGUACACGAUCGAUUAUCAAAUAAUAAUAAUAACACACCGGAUAACACGUCUCCUCGGUUGCCCGUCGAACACGUUCUUCCUUUAGAAUCGAAAGAAGGUACUUCGCAUCCCGUGAAUCGCGACGAGAAACUUUAUCUCGGAGACGAAGUUUCUCAAUCUCACGAUGACAAGAAACAGAACGCACAAACGUCAAAUUCAACGGCAAGGAGCAUCUUACAUGCGCUUAAAAAUCUCAAUAUAUUCUUCACCACGCCGACCGAGGAGAGAGAUAUCGCUUUAACAGUCAACGAAGACUCCUCGCCGGAUCCUAUUAUAGCGAAUGUCAGCGACGUGACGCCCGGAAUACCUGACACCUUUGAAAUAAAGAUAUCGGAAUCGCCGGUAACAACGGUAAACGAUUGCGCGCCCAUAAUAAAUAUCGCAAGUAUCGUCGAACGCGAGACGGAUCGGGCCGACGGCGUUGAUACAAUCGGCGUGGAGAACGCGAAAGAUGUCGAUUCGUCCGGGAACGAAAUUUCAAUCGUCGCACGUAACGAACAGGUCGAACCGUCAAAAUUAUCGAUUAAUGAAAGUUUGAUAGAAAAAAAUACGAAACAAGUAAAUCAAUCUCGUGAAAGCGCGAUCGCGAAGUCCGUCGUGAAGCACAGAUCGAGAUCGCCUCUUAAAAAGAUAGUCCGAAGAAAGUCGCCCGUUAAGAUAGUAAAAAAAUCAGCUAGCGCACCGAGGAAAAAUUUAGCGCGAAAGAGCGCGAGUCCGUACAAUACGACCGUCACAAAAGCGAAAGCAACGGCCGGCGAGAUUACUAAAAGGUCGAGUCGAGCGAUGCAGUUCGAUGAAUCGCGAAUUAAAGAACUCCUAAAGCCCACGUGUAUCGCGAGCGAUAAGACAGGGGACAAGUCAGUUGCAAAAAAAUCAGACAAAACUGUUAAACAGUCGUUAAGUAACAUCAGCGUGCAAAAAGCUGCGGGUGAUAUUAAAGUGAAUGAUAAUAGAAAGGUUUCUACGUCCGAUAUAGAGAAAAUAUCGAUAGUCAAUAACGCGACCAAUCUCGAACCGCAAACUAAAUUGCCUAUUGUUAAAAAAUAUAAUGGAAAUAAAUCGGAAAAUUUUAAAAAGAGAACGCUGGAAUAUCCUAAAAACAAAAAUAUUGAAGAUGUCCAAAAUAAAAAUUCGGAAAGCUCGAAAAAUGUAAAAGCGGAGGCUUUGGAAAAUCAAGCAACAAAGAAGAUAAAUAAAAAAAUCCCUGAUAACAAAGUUCUAAUAAAAAUAGAGAAAGAUAAUUUAAAACCUAAAACGUCAUUACCAUCAAAAAUACCCGUUUUAAUGCAACGAAAAAUCGCGCAAUCAGUAGACAGUGCUUCGUCGAACUCUUCUAAAAUAAAUGACAUUCAGUCUUCAUUAAAGAACGCAUCGACUAAAUUGCCCGUAAUGUCGCAAGCAAUUUCGAAAUUAUCAUUAAAAAUUCCGGAAAGCGCUAACGUAUCGGACCCGCCAACCAUGCGGAAAAUUGAUUCUAAGGAUACUAACAAACUGAGGAGAAAUAAAAUUAAAUCUGGUAACGGAAGAGCAAUUGAAAUUACAGAAAAUGUGAAAGACAAGCAAAUCUUGGAGGAGAAUCAUGCUAAAGCGAGUGCCGUGGAAAAUGAAGAAACCAAAGAACCUCCGAAAGUUAAGUCAAUAGAAUCGGAAUUAAACGAGAAUUCACAAGCGUCGAACUCGGCGCAUAACAAUCCGUCCGCGGAUCUUGGCAAACAAUUGGAAGUCGAAAACGCAAUCGAGGAAAGCUCCGAUGCUUUCAGCUCCGAUUCCGAGUGUUCUGAAGAGGACGAAGACACAGGAACGGCGAAGUACAUUUCUGAUCAUAACUCGGAAUACAAUUCCGUCGAGGAGUUCACGGACGCGGAGUUGUUGUUGGAGAAAACGCUAAAUGAGAUAAGAUCUGAAAUAUCGGAGUCUGAGGAAGAAGAGUGCACGAGCGAAUCCGAGGAAAGUGAGGACGUCACUUAUUCGUACGAGACGGAGAGUCACGAUCGUGAUUCCACAUCGUCGGAAGGCUCGGUCGACGAACGGGAGAUCAAGUCAAGUGAGCUGGAAGAUUCGGUGGAGGAAGAUGCGUAUGAAGAAUUACCGUCCGAAGGGGAAGAGACGAAUGAACAAGUCGAAACUUCGGGACAAUUUGAAGCGCUUGAUAAAGAGACCGAUGAUGUAAUGCACAAUGAAACGAUCAGUGACCACGAAGCCAGCAUUCCGAACAGAAUGGAGAGUAAUUCUCAGGUCACGCGAGGAGAUAAAGAAAACAAUUUGACGGCACCAACGGAAGCUGCUACUGCGGUCGUAGAAUUACCUCGACCGGAAAUAAAUGCGGGAAUUAAUGAAAAGACAUUAGAAAUUUCUCAGAAACUUGAAGCAGAUUCUAACAUUGCUGCAACAGAUUCAGCCGCAGCGUCUUCAGCGAAAAUCAAGCAGAAAAUAGAUUCUAAAGAAAAUAUCCGGUCACAAGUUAACGAUUUGAAGAAGAACGAGAUAAAGUUUAAAGAUGCGAGUGAAAUCGAGGGGAGAGAUCAGUCGACAGUGCAAAACGAUACGAUAAAGACAUUGAAAGUCACGAGUGAGGAGUCACGAGAAAAACGCGUGAAGGCGGGCCGGAGGGCGAGUACGGGGAGUAAAGAGGUCAAAAUCGAGAAAGAUGACACGUUAAAGGGGGUGGAUCGGGCGCGAGCGCCCAAGAAACGAUUUUCCCUCGUGGCCAGUUGCAUCCGUCAGUUCGAGGGCGAGGAGAAUGCCGUGAGGGCAAGCAUCGUGGAGAGCAUCAGGCGCAAGAGACAGGGAUCUCCCAAAACGGAGCGGGAGAGAAUAGCGCGUCGUCUCCUGGCGGAGGGUCGAGCCGCGAAUUACGAUGAGGCCGAGGUCGCCGCGAGUUUGCUGGCCCUCAAGUUCGGGGACGCCGAGGCACUCCAGGCCGCGAAAGAGUGCUCCAGCGUGGAGUCGGCGCUGGCCUUCUUGCAGCAGGAGUGCGAGCUGUGCACCGGUCGUUUUGCGAUGAGUCAAAUAGUGUCUAUGCUGAAGUGCAUACAUCGCUGCUGCAUUGAAUGCGCGAAGAACUACUUCACUAUUCAGAUCAGCGACAGGAAUAUCACAGAUGCCGUUUGUCCGUUCUGCAAGGAACCUAAUCUCAAGGACGCGAGCGAGGACGAAGUUCUCGAGUAUUUCAGCAAUUUGGACAUCCAAUUGAAGACCCUGCUGGAUCCGCCGAUUCACGAGCUCUUCCAGAGGAAGCUCAGAGAUCGGACUCUGAUGCAAGAUCCGAAUUUUAAGUGGUGCAUUCAGUGUUCAAGCGGAUUUUACGCUGAUCCUGAUCACAAGCGUUUAAUCUGUCCCGAUUGUCGGUCUGUCACCUGUGCUUUUUGCCGAAGACCGUGGGAAAAACAACACGAGGGUAUCUCAUGCGAGAAAUUUGCCGCUUGGAAGGACGAGAAUGAUCCCGACAAUCAAGCCGCAGGUUUGGCUAAACAUUUGGCCGACAAUGGCAUCGACUGUCCUAAGUGCAAGUUCCGUUAUUCACUGUCUCGAGGAGGUUGCAUGCAUUUCACGUGCAGCCAGUGUAAAUAUGAGUUUUGCUGCGGUUGCGGCAAGGCUUUCAUGAUGGGGGCGAAAUGUGCGGUCAGCCCUUAUUGCGCGAAACUGGGCCUACAUGCCCAUCAUCCGCGCAACUGCCUCUUCUACCUCCGUGACAAGGAGCCGGUGCAGCUGCAGCAGUUGCUCAGAGAGAACAGCAUCGAUUACGACACCGAGGGUCCGGUCGGACAACGCAGGUGCAAGGUGCAACUGCAGAAAGAAACGCCGACCGGGGUCGUGGACGCCGUGUGCAACUCCGACAUCGUCGAGAACCACGCUGGUCUGUGCAGGCAGCACUACAUUGAGUACCUGGCGGGCCUGGUGCUCAAGGGCAGGUUGGACCCCGUGGCGAUCUUUGACUUGAACGACGCCAAGCAAGAGUUGCGCCGACGGGGAAAAGUUCCCCCUGCGAAGGACCAGGAAAUGUCCGAGCGGGAUUACCUCGAGGCUUGCAUUCAGGUCGUAAAGCAGGAGAUUCCACUGGAGUGACUGCGGAGGAGAAUCUCAGAAAAAAAAAGAAACGGACGCGCGUGUAUCCAAAGCCAUAAGAGCGACAGACCGUAUAUUGUGUAGUGUAUUUAUUUUAUUUGCCUGGACCAUAAGCCCACGAAGUGAAAAUGUUAGGACCACAGAACACAGGAGUAGUGCAGUACGGACAGCACUUAGUUAUAAUGCCAAAAACUUGUUUACUUUUCGACGUGGCACGAUGCGAUUUAUAUAUUAAUUCAACGUCUCAUUCGCAAACAUUCAGCAAGAAGAAAUAGUGUUCAUCUCUACGUGUUCUACUUGUUAACGAGUUAAAUGUAAUGAUGCAAUCGAAUGUUUCUUUACUUCUUGAUGGAUAGAGUAAUUAUUAAUGGGAGUUAUAUAAUUAAUGUUUGAAAAUGAUAUAUUUAUUUCUGCUUUAUAUUACCGUUUUCCAAGAAAUAGACGAUUUAAUUAAAAAAAAAAUCAUAGUA